CCGCCCACAACAACCAUCAACCUCUUUACAAACUUUUCCCUGAAAUCAUUUCCGAGAUCUUCCUAUAUGGCCUCCCGGAUGUCUUACCAGCUUGAUCACAGGCGUGUGCGCCCUGGUUCGAGGCAUCAUCUUGUGUGAUCCUUUAUUUUGGAACGUGAUAGGAUAUGCGCGUAAUCGGGGUCAAGAAACCCUGGAGGAGACAUUUCUGGAAGUGAUGUCUGCAUUCAUUCGGCGUUCAAGAAAUGUGAACGUGCAUCUCGUCUUGGUUGACUCCGAAUCCGACCCGUUUCGCCAGACAAUUGGUGUGGAAACAUUGCGAAAGCUUCUUUAUCCCAUCCUUCCUCGGUGCUCUACUCUUGUGUACCGAGCUUAUUUUCAUUUUCAUCAUCCCUUCUUCCCCCUCCCUGGGAAGUUGAAGGUCCUAAAAACACUUGUGAUCGAGGCAGUCGGGGGUCGUCGUGAUAGAACGUAUAGAACGUAUUCCCCAAUUUUUGACGACCACGACCCGGGUUGUUCUCUCGAAAACCUCAGUUUAGAGGUUUGGUGGGAUAAGGAUAACAAGACUUUGGGGGAGAGUUCGACUUUUGCUUCUGUGCGUACUCUGACUUGGAGCUUCCAGUACGGGUAUGCAGUGGGGCAAUUCCGUCGAGUGCUUUCCCUUAUGCCCCGGCUCAGGCAUCUUGUGGUCGACAUGCAUUUUGGGGGGUUUCUGAACAACUGGGAUUUUAAUGAUAUUGCCACUCAAACACCACGGGAAAAAUGUAUCAUUCCAUCCCUAAUCUCGGUUCAAGUCACAUUCAAUGCGUCUCUUGGGUUCUUCCAAUUCGUGAAUGCUCCUCAAUUACAACAUCUGUGCCUCAGUCCCUCCAGGUCAGGCGAGACACGCCAGCGUAUCCCAUGCAGCUGGAUUCUCAAUCUUCAUCCGAGCCUGACGACAUUCCCAAGUUUGAAGACGAUCCGCAUCGAUAUGUCGACGUGCUCCCUAAAGGUGAUGGAGAGAUUACUAUGUAACGGGACCUCGCUUGUGAUGAUUGAAAUCCUAUCGGACAACUACGUCGAUCUUAAUAUCUUUCUAGACAUCCUUUCAAACAGCAACACGGCCCUUCCACUUCUAUCCUUUGUUCGAAUCAUGUGGACAUCUCGUUGGUCCCCCUCGUAUCCCAAUCGGGAAAAGAUCGCGAAGAUUCUGAUGAACUCCAGCGAAAGAAAGAACGUUCGGAUAGAGUUUGUUCGAGAUCCUGCUCAAUGGAUAGAGGAUCCGUAUCCGGCUUCGUUAGCGGAGAGAAUAGAGAGUGUGAAGGGGAAUGUUCAAACUGUUGAACCCCUGCACAUGAGAUAUCAAAGGCUAUAUGGGUCUGAGGCGUAAAUCCAUUCGUUCUGAUGGUUGUUCGCAGUAGGUUGUGAUUUGCAGUUUUGCUCGAGAACAGCUCGCCGACAUGCCAUGUCACGAUGACUGUCAUCACACCCUCGGGGCAUUUGGUCUAUGCGCAUUCCGAAUUUAACAUCUACAGUUUACAAUGUACAGCACUUUCAUUAUGAUUCCCAAUUUCAUACAUUUCCCGCUAGCCAUGAAUGAAUGAAAAUUUAUGUAAUAACGGUGGGCUCGCUACGACCUAGGAAUUCCGGCAAUUUAGUAA